AUGGAUAACUCUACUGACAAUGUAAGAUCCGUAGCUUCGCGACCGUGUGUGGUCGUCUGUGGAGCAUCUGCUGAUUCUGAUUGUUUCAAGUUUCUUUUGUAAUUAAAGUACACAGAUCAGAAUUCUUUGAAUUUCUUUUAGAAAUGUUAUUACUUGGCUAUUAGCCACUUCUUGGCAUUUACCUUUAGCUUGAUAUUUUAAGUAACAGUAAAGCCAAAAAAAACCAAAAUCAGAUAAAUCUCCUACUAGUCUGACUAUGACAUCAACUUUACUUUUUUCUUUCCUACUAAUCGGAAAGUAUAUCGAAUUUGCAUACAGUUCCGGGAGACCCCCCCGUCUCUUUUAGGCCAGCCGUCUCUCCCAACCCAUCGCUUUAAUGGCCACAACUUUUGAAGCGAAUCGUGGCCAGACAUCUCUUAUCUACGAAUUUUAGGUUCUCUCAUUAUCUCAAGUCAUAAUAAUAAUAAUCUUUGAUAUUUACCUCAUAUCUUUGUUAAAGUAAAAUAUCUACCGUAAUUUACAUUAUUUUUGCCAUAGUCUACGAGAAGUAAAGCCAAAAAGUUUGUGGAAUUAGACCAACUUUAUAUUGUCUUUACCCUUUUUCUAUUAACCUUUGGCCAGACCUGUUAAAAGUAACUUCUCAUUUACCUAUCAAGGCUACCUAUUACUUAAAGAUGACACUACCUUCAGAUGGACCGGAUCGGCGGUUUAAUCAAGUCGUGGGCCCAUCAACAGAACGACGAUGACUUCGUAGACAGGCUUCACUAUAAAGUGACAACAUUAAUGUUAACCAGCUUGUCGUUCAUGAUAUUCGCCAAGGAGUACGGUGGUAAUCCUAUACGAUGCUGGGCCAGUUCGGAAUGGACUGGCAGUUGGGUAGAGUAUGCCCAUGACAUAUGUUUCAUAGAGAACACGUAUUAUGUGCCUACGGGGGUUAAAUUGUCAAAAUUUCAACGAACUCCAGAGAAGGAAAUCAACUACUAUCAGGUAGGUUAAUAUAAGGUUAUUUUUGAUAUAUUUUGUUACCUAAAAAGUGAUUCCUUACCAAGCUUUGUCAUUUUCAUUCUAAGAAUAACAUGCUUCUAUCAUCAUAAUCUCGGAUGUUAACUUUGUGUGAUUUCAGUGGGUUCCGUUCUUUCUCCUCGGCCAGGCCAUUUUUUACAAUUUUCCGUCGCUUUUCUGGAGAAAUCUGAAGAGUUCAUCUGGUGAGUCUUUUUGUGUUUCUAAUUUUUGGAAUCCGGAGAUGUUUUGUAAACAAUUUUUUGUGAAUUUCAAAAGGUUUUUUUCGAAAUUUUAAAUAUUUUGUUCAAUUCAAAUUGCCUUUGCAAUAAACAUUCCAAGGUAAAGUAAAAUAAAGGUUUUUUAGGUAUUAAAACCAAUUAAACCCUAUGAUCCCUCAAUCACGCCCAUCCUUAAACUUACGUUUAGGUCUCCAUGUCCGUGCGAUCUUGUCCAUGACCUCAAGUGCCACCAAGAGCUUGGAUUUUGAUGAAAACGCCAAACACAAGUUGGCCGAAUUCAUCUACAACACCAUAAACUACCGUACUCACAAGCACAACGACGCCACUUUUCUUCAGAAAGUUGUUUGGUAAGUCUAUCUUUACCCUUCUUAUGUAAAACUUCAGUAAAACAGAAGCUUGAAACAGUUCUUCGAGUUUGCGGUCUGCGCCCAGUUUUUAUAGCUGCAGACUGCGCUUUGAAAUUGUUUUUGCUCGAUUCUAUUAGUUUUGCUACAUAAUUUAUGUUUCGGUAGCGUUUUGUAAAGUUUAUUACAUGGAAGUUGCUCAUGCAAGCUCAUGGAUUUUAAAUUAUAUUCAAUUUUUUAAGAAUUUUAAUAAAUAUUAAGUUUUAGGUAACAAAAAUAACUUUAGAAGUUUAGGUAUUGUUCCUUUGUCCAAUUAGUUGUGAACCACAACGUUUUACUAUAUUUUUUAUUUUUUCAGUGUGAUCGACCGCUUGCAAGGCCAAUCUCGACUGGCUAUAUUGUACUACACGAAGAAGGUCCUGUUCCUUUUGACGUCGCUUUAUCAGGUGAGAUCUUACGAAUGACGUCUCUUUUUAUCGAAUUUCAUGGUUUUUUAUGCAAUAAUUUUAAUGGACCGAAAGGAUAUUAUUCAUAAUUAUGAAUAACAACAUAAAUAUUACAGUAAUCGAUUGGAAAAGCAAGCUAUGAUAAUAUCUGAUGAAUUAAAAAGUGAAAAAGAUAAAAAUUUUUAAAUUAACUUUAAAGACAUUUUUUUAAUUUUAGGCAUUUCAAUGUAUAUUUACAUAAAAAUGAAAAAAGGUUAAUGUUAUGAUAUAUUAUUGUUUUAGCUGGUACUUGUUGGUCGAUUCCUUGGAUAUUCGAAUACGUUUUGGGGCUUUAACACUAUCAACGACUUGAGAAAUGGUGCUUUCUGGGACAAAACUGGCAUAUUCCCACGAGUCACGAUGUGCGACUUCACUGUAAGGGCUUUUAAACCUGUUUUGUAUAUAAUUUAGGCAUUAAAAUAGUUUCUAAUAGUCUAAAAACUUUGUAAAAUUACAUGCAAACCUUAAUUGAUAUUUAUGGUAACUUUAUCAAUUUAUGCUAAAUUUGAAUAUUUUUAGAUUCGUCACCCAGCUGGUCAUCCAGUGUCAUAUACAGUACAAUGUGUCUUGAUGGCCAACAUGAUGAACGAGAAGAUCUUCCUAGGAAUGUACUGUUGGAUAUGCAUCCUCAUAGCCAUUACCAUAGUAAACCUCUUCCAAUGGUACAAUAAUCUCAGUAGAUCAUCGAACAGAGUCAAGUACGUGUACGAAGCGCUGGUAGCUGGUCAUUCUAUUCGGAAGGUGGAGUCGGAGCCGAAACCGGAGUACGAUGAAGCCAAGACCUUCACACAGUUUCUUACUGUAGAUGGGGUUCUAAUAUUCAGGUUGAUGGAGAUCAACUCGAGUUGUCUGAUCAGUAAUGGGGUUCUGUAUGAGGUCUACAGAAUACAGUCCAAGUUAUAGUAAGUUAUUGUCUUUUAAAGAGUUAAUUUAGGGAAUUGAAAGGAAAUUGUUCGAGUUAAGUUUACUGUAGAUUACUGUAACUUGUAUAUUUUAUUUUGUUACUUUAAGUGUGACAUUUUAGUGAGAAGUCUCUGAAAGAAGAAGGGGAGAAAAAGAAGAAAGAUGAAGAGAAAAAACAACGGAAUGAAGCUCAGAAGGUGAAGGAAAUGGUAGAUCGAGUACUAAAGAAGAGAGCUGAAGAAAAGAGUAAAACACCGCAAGAAGAUACUAAAAGUUCAUAA